AUGCCACCCAAGAGGAAGUCCGGCGAGGUGGACAGCGAAACGCCCAGGAAGGAGGCGAAGAAGAGGUUGGUGGAUGAGGUCUACAAUGACAAGGAAGCCGACGUCGUGCUCGUCUCGAGCGAUAACGUCGCGUUCCAAGUGCACAGUUUCUACCUCAAAGCUGCUAGUCCGGUCUUCCGUGGCAUGCUGCAAGGUGGUGCAGGGGAGUCAGCAGCCGAGGUCGUAUUCACAGACGAAAAGCUUGAGAAAGCGUCGACGCUCGGACUGCUUCUCGACAUCAUCAGGAAACCUUUCGACGGCUACGAUCAACUUCCCUACGAUGAUGUAUGCGAUCUCAUACGUCUCGCCGAGAAGUACAGCUGA